AUGGGAAUCAGUCAAGAAGCCUGGAAAACCAGCAAUGUUCCGGGUCGCUCGGUCCGCGCGGAGACCCGAAGCCGCGCUAAAGAUGACAUUAAGAAAGUGAUGGCGGCUAUUGAGAGAGUACGGAGAUGGGAGAAGAAAUGGGUCACAGUUGGAGAUACAUCAUUAAGAAUAUUUAAAUGGGUUCCUGUGGUGGACACAAAGAUUCUUACGCCCACAAACAAUAUUAGAACCAACCAUAGUUCUCUGUCAGACUACUACCAGCUUAAAGUAGCUGCAGACAGCAGCAAUAACUCCCAGUCCUACAGCCCAGUGAGCCGUUCAGCCCUGCACUUCAGAGUCCUAGACUACCCUGCAGAUGAUUCCCAGCGGCCCACCCUCGACCAAGAAUUCGCAUGGAAGGAGGAUGAGGACAGCUGUGGAGCCCCAACACCGAAAAGAAUCUGUACUGAGCAGGUCUCGAUCAUUCAAUUGCCCCUUUAG